GAAAGCUCUCUGCCCCGCGGCACUCCCCGCCAUGGGGGCACCGGCCCCGCUCGGGACAGAGCCCGCGUGGAUCGCGGCGCCUCUCUCCGGGGGAGGGGGGGCGGAUUUCCAGUCACGGCUCCUAGCGCUGGAGAAUUACCCUUUACAAGAAUAACGGAAGGAGGCAGAUGCCGGCUCCUUCCCACCGCCACAUAACCGCAGGCUUCCCGACUGAGGUGCAGCCCAGCUCCGCCCCUCUCCCCCCAGACAGACAGACGGACAGAGGGACAGAAAGUUCCUGGCAACCACGCAGCUUCCCCCGCGCCCCUGUGAAAUAGGAGUCCCCCCAAAGUGGAUCAUUUCUUUUCUUCUGCUCAUUCACCCUCCAGUUCAGACUUGCAAUGAGCGGACUGAAGUCUCCUGUGCUGCUGGGGCUGGUGCUCUUAAUGCUGUCAGCAGGUUAUUGCAAAGAGAGAACUGACUCCAUAGACCUAAAAGACAGGCAAAGCCUCUUCAAUCUCAUCAUGGAGAUUAUUCAGGAACUGAAAAGGCACCACAUGGAAAAGGACAACGAGGUGCAAUACUUCUCCAACCACGACUAUACUUUAGACCGAAGAGAAGUAGCUGAUUAUGGAGAGUACCAGGACGAGCAGAGAGCUGAAAUAGUUCCUAGAGAUUUGAGGAUGAAAGACAAGUUUUUAAAGCAUUUAACAGGUCCUCUCUAUUUUAGUCCAAAAUGCAGUAAACACUUUCAUCGGCUUUAUCACAAUACAAGAGACUGCACCAUCCCAGCUUACUAUAAAAGAUGUGCCAGGCUUCUUACUCGGUUGGCAGUAAGUCCAAUGUGCAUGGAAGGAUAAGAUACUACCAUACAGAAAAGAAACACCAAGAAAAAGGAGAAGUGCCUUGGAAACCAACAGGGAAAUAGAACUUAAUACCUUUAUAACAUAUUCCAUUGUGAACAAGAGGAUUUAUUUUUGCAGAUUGACAGACUAUUUCCCAUAAUUCUUUUAACGUGUUUUGUAUGUUUUCAACAGUUUGCAGAUCUACAUCCUUUACAGUAGUAAAACUGCCAAUAGUACUUACUGCUCCAUACUUAAAAGUACACUCCACAUUUGAUGUGUAGUGCUGCCAAAAAUUACAUGAACAUGUACCCUUCACCAAGAAAUUAAUGUUCUGUUGCUGAAUUCUGAGACUUGGAGGGAUGUUUAUAUACCCUGAACUCUUAAUCUACUCCACAGCAGUGGUUUUCACUUGAUAUUCUUCAGGAUUAUGCAAUUAAAAGAGAGUUCGGAUAAAACAAACAUUUAAAAAUUUCAGUGUUAGAGGGGUCACAUUGUACCCUUGGAGUGCAAAUUACAUGACGAAUACAAAACACAAUUCCAAGUGAACAAGUUUUCUCAAGACAAAAGAGUGUGAAUUUUGUGCGUGCACACACACACACAAUCUGCCCACUGGUUUUCUGUUCAAUGUGUAAACAUUCCAACUAACGUGCAAUAUGUAAAUACUGUAAAUAACAAACAUGACUAAUAAAGUGUUUGAUAUAUUA